UGAUGAUUGAAUUGUUUGGGAAGGCUGAUCGUAUAAUGUUGUUUGUAGAACAGACGCGUGAAAUGUUUUGAAGUAGAUCGUGAUUUGUCUCUCAACGACAAUUAUUUUUAUAUUUAAUUUGAGUGGUGUUAUUUCUGUACGUGCUAAGGUUUGGAGAAAUUUGUGAGUGCUUCAGUUUGUUGUGAUACAGCUGAAAGGAGAUGUUUAUGUUGUUGCUGGGAGGUUGGCGGUAGUAACGAAAUUGGCCUUUACGUAGUUGUGCUGUUCUUUCGAAGAUGGAUCAACAGAAGCAAGAUGAAUUGCUGCGGCUGCAGCAGACUGCUCUCGCUGAGAAGCAACGAGAAGAACAGGAACUGUUUCGUCUGCAGCAGGAAGCACUUCUAGAGAAGCAGCGGGAAGAAGAAAUGAGACAAAGGAUGACAGUUCCUCCACCAGUAACAGUGCCCAGUUCUGUUGCAAUGGGUGGACAGACAUCUCCAGUUGUGCCUCCUGGUAUGGAAUUAGCAACUGUACCCCCAGUGAGCAUGCCAUCAGCACCUCCAAGGAUGGUGCAGGCACCAAUUUCCAUGCCCCCACCUCCAGGCAUUGAGCCUAUAGGUGUGGGACCACCAGGCAUAGGGCCCCCUGGUGUUGGGCCCCCGGGUGUUGGCCCUCCAGGGGUUGCACCCCCAGGGGUUGCACCGCCGGGAGUUGCACCGCCGGGAGUUGGGCCCCUAGGUGUUGGUCCCCCAGGAGUUGGGCCUCCAGGAGUUGAUCCUGAUGAGGAUUCAUCGGACAGAAAGUUGCCAUCUCUUCUAACUCUGCACGUGGAACCGCCUUCUGAAGUAAAGGAAGUGAAAUUGCCAAUGGCUUUGGAACAGGCACUUGCAUUUAAAACCGAGCGUGCAAAACAAGUAGGAGUGGAACCGGAUGAAAUGCAGGAGCAAGAAGUUCCUGAGCCACCUCCUGCGCCAGUCAUCAGCACCCCAGGCCUGAGAAAUGUGUAUGAAGGAGAAGAGGAAGAUGAGGAGGAAGAAGAAGAAGAAGAAGAAGAGGAGGAGGAGGAGGAAGAAGAGGAAGAACAAGAACAGGAGAAAAAAAUCAAGCCCAAAACUGUAGCCUCUGAACCUCCUGCACAGCAGGCUCAGCAGCCUCAGGCAGAACGACAAAGCAAGAACAAAAGGAAAAAGAAACGAAAGAAAAGAGCAAGACAUAGGCAACAGGAACAGCAAAAGCAGAAGGCAGAGGCAAAAAAGCAGCCAGAUAAGGAGACUGGUGAAAAAGAGCCUGACGUGGAAAUAGAAUACAUACAGGAAACUUUAGGGCUGAAUGAACUUGAUCCAAUGUAUCGUCAGUUUGCUCGCAUUUUUGAAACAUUCCGCAUAUCAGAACCUGAGAAAGUGGAAGAGAUGCCACAACAGGUGCAGAAAGAACCAGUAAAGGAACCCGAUUUGAAAAAAGUGCCAAAAUUAGAAGAAGACUUUGAUGAUGAUGCGGAAGAGGAAGAAGAGAAGAAGGAAGAGGAGAAAACAAAGCUUUCAAAGCGUAAAAUGAAGAAACUGACAAGGCUCAGUGUUGCAGAGUUGAAACAACUUGUCAGUAGACCAGAUGUUGUUGAAAUGCAUGAUGUUACUGCCAGAGAUCCCAAACUACUUGUUCAGUUAAAAGCUCACCGUAAUACUGUUCCUGUUCCAAGACAUUGGUGCUUUAAGAGGAAGUAUUUACAAGGUAAAAGAGGGAUAGAAAAGCCACCUUUUGAUCUGCCAGACUUCAUAAAAAAGACAGGAAUUAUGGAGAUGCGUGCAGCGUUACAGGAGAAGGAAGACCAACGAACACUGAAAGCAAAAAUGAGAGAACGUGCCCGUCCAAAGCUUGGAAAAAUUGAUAUUGACUACCAAAAACUCCAUGAUGCAUUUUUUAAAUGGCAAACGAAACCUAGGAUGUCAAUCCACGGAGACUUAUAUUAUGAGGGUAAGGAGUUUGAAACACGUCUGAAAGAAAAAAAACCAGGUGACUUGAGUGAAGAGCUACGAACAGCAUUGGGCAUGCCUGUAGGCCCUAACGCUCACAAAGUUCCACCUCCUUGGCUCAUUGCUAUGCAAAGAUAUGGACCACCACCAUCGUAUCCCAACCUCAAGAUACCAGGCUUAAAUGCUCCUAUACCGGAUGGAUGUUCCUUUGGUUACCACGCAGGUGGUUGGGGAAAACCCCCUGUUGAUGAAUCGGGAAGGCCUCUUUAUGGAGACGUUUUUGGUGUUCAGAGUCAGGAUUCGCAGGCAAAUAAUGAUGAAGAAGAAAUUGAUCGAACAACAUGGGGAGAAUUGGAAUCUGAAUCUGAGGAAGAAAGUGAAGACGAAGACGAAGAUGAAGACGAGGAAGAACGGCAGAAAGAAGAUGAAACUGGGCUUGUUACACCAGCUGAAGGUCUUAUCACUCCUUCUGGCAUAACAUCAAUACCUGCUGGCCUUGAAACACCUGAGAUCAUUGAACUCAGGAAAAGAAAAAUAGAAAGUGAAAUGGAAGGGGGUGAAACACCUGUGCUAUACCAGGUGCUUCCUGAGAAACGUGUGGAGCGUGUAGGUGGAGCAAUGAUGGCCUCAACACAUAUCUAUGACAUGACUGGUGCCGGUGCUCAACCACCUCCUGGAGGACAAGCACCAAGACGCCAUGAAGGUCCUGGCACAGUGGAAUUGGCUUUGGAUCCCUCUGAGCUUGACUUGGUGGAUACUGAAGCUAUGGCUGUGCGGUAUGAACAGCAAAUCAGAGAGCAGCAGUCGCAGCUGCAAAAGGAAGAUCUUUCAGACAUGCUUGCCGACCAUGUUGCGAGGCAGAAGAAUAAGAGGAAACAAAGACAGCAACAUCAGGACAAUAAACAAGCCAAGAAAUAUAAAGAAUUCAAGUUUUAAUAGUGUGAGUGUAAAAAGCUGUUAUAGAAAUCUAUGGACUAGUUCACAUUACACAAGCAGAUAUUGGGAUUCUAUACUGUGAUCAUUAUUAACUUUCAUGCAGUGUUGUGUAUAUGACAGUAAGUGGCAGUGAAAGCAUUAUGCAGAUUGAGUAAAUUUCUCUUCGUAAGUUCACUUGUGAGUUGUACCAUGCUAUGUGGCAUUGUUUUGUGGAAGAAUAAUAAGAGGAUGCUUCUUCAUA